AAUAGACGAAACUCUAAUAGAUGAUUACCGCAAUGGAUGCAUCAGCCGUCGUUAAUAAUGAAGACGAAAUAGAUGUACCAGAGCGCAAGAAAUUCCUAUCGAAAGCUCUCCUUCGUGUCAAUAAAAAGUUUUUGGUCUCCAAGACAUUUUAUUUUUUCUACUGGGGUGCUGUUGGAUCAUUCCUUCCUUUGUUAGGAGUCUAUUUUAAACAACUGGGAAUGAGUCCUAGCCAAAGUGGAACGUUAGUUGGAUGUAGGCCCAUGGUGGAAUUUAUAAGUGCUCCAAUGCUGGGAUCACUUGCUGACAAAUUAGAAAGAAGAAAGACUUUACUCAUAUUCUCGUUAAUAUCGUGGAUUUCGUUUACAUUUUCGUUUGCUUUUAUUAAACCAGCACCUGUAUCGUGCAAGAAAUACUUUCUACUGACCAAAAAUGUGUCUGAAAUCUCAAAGCAUGCAACGUUGGAGCUCCGUGAUUUCCUUGGUCCAAGAACAGCGACGAAACCUCUACCACCAGAACCCAAAGCUAAAAACUCCCUCGUAUUCAGUCCAAGCGGUGUGCAUCAAGUAUUUCUUGUGUUAUUAUUUCUCACAGUUAUUGGUGAAUUCUUCUCUGCACCUGCAAUAACUUUAGCUGACUCAGCAACUUUGCAACUACUUGGCGAUGAGAAAGACAAAUAUGGCCGACAAAGAUUAUGGGGCAGUUUAGGCUGGGGAACAGCCAUGUUUACGCUAGGUUUCGUUAUAGAUAAGAUACAAGGUUACGAAGUAUGCGGCGAAGUUGUUAGCAACAACUACACGCCAGGAUUCUAUUUUUUUGUUGUCUUAAUGUUCUGUGCUCUACUUGUAGCCACCCGUUUUUCCUUUAUGGCAAAAGAACAGCAACCGAAGUCGAAAACUGGUGGCGGUCUACAUCUUUUGCGGGUCCUCGUUUCAAUUCGUUAUCUCUCGUUUCUUUUUGUCGCUUUUUUCAUGGGUUGUGGUUAUGGUUUAAUCUCCACAUUCCUAUACUGGCAUCUUGAAGACUUGGGUGGCCCCCCAACAUUAUUUGGUAUUGCGUCGUUACUGGAUCACAUUUCCGAAAUCGUUUGUUACUUUCAAGUAGAGUUUAUAAUUCAAAAAAUCGGACAUGUUCCCGUUUUAUAUCUAGGUCUAAUAGGAAACUUGAUUCGUUUUGUUUUUAUCUCACUUUUAUCCAAUCCAUGGCAUGUAUUGCCCUUAGAAAUCUUGCAAGGUAUUACCCAUGCUGCAGUAUGGGCAUCUUGCACCAGUUACAUCGGAAAAAUGGCACCUCCGGAAUAUGCCACCUCGGCACAAGGAGUUCUUCAGGGGUUAUACCAUGGAUUAGGAAGAGGUUGUGGGGCAAUACUUGGUGGGAUAUUCAUUCACAUUCAUAGUACAGAAGCAGUAUUUCGGACGUAUGGCAUCGCAUGUUUUGCUGUGCUCGUUAUUUAUUUUAUAAUUAACUACUUCCUCGGAAAAACAGGAACAAAAUCUUCAUCGAAAAGUAAAGUGUCUCCAAAAACAUCACCAGGCACUCCCCCAGCCGUUGAAUUGUCGUUUGAAUUUAUUCAAGAUGGCGCGCCUGGAGGUACUAAAGUAGACAGUAUAGGAACAUACCAAAGAAAAUAAUCGUUCAAUAGAAUUUAUCCUGAUCGGAAUAUUACUUGAAUAUGGGCACAAACAUCGACAGAAAACCUUAAGCUCGCCAUUUCAGGGACCGCGGAGCAGUUUUUGGAUUGGGGGGGCUAGCGAAGCCGAAAGAGUGAACCCUCGGGGGCGGGUCCAUACUUAUCUAUUUAGAUUUUUCUUGUAAACACUUCAAUGAAAACAUUGUUCACCGACACGGAUAGUGAAGAUAGUGAACACAUAAUUAUGAUUACACAACUUACUAUGAGGAGUUUUUAUUCGUAUUAUUAUGGCCAUAUAAAAAUCGCUAUAAAGGAAUCAAAUGUAUUUAGAAAAUUAUUGGGGGGGCUAAAGCCCCCCAGCCCCCCC